GGUUUUGCCCGUAAUUUUACAGAGAGAGCAAGACAGAAAAAACUUGUGAAGGAAAGACCAAAAGAAAAGGACAAAGAGAAGAAAGCCCAGCAGAAAAAAAGGAAAGUUAAUGAUUUGGAGCGUUCAGGACAGAAAAGUGGAGCCGCUGCCUCCGGCAACAAGCAGAAGAAUCAGGAAAGUCAGCUAAAAAAUAACCAACAGGAAGAUGGUGUGGAACAACAACAGCCAACCAGGAAUAAGACAGGAACUGAAAAGCCAAUGAAAGAAAAGACGGAGCCAAAGCAGCCAAUCAAAGACAAGAACAGCAUGGUCAUCAGGGGCGUGACCUUUUACAAGGCAGAGGAGGAGAUCUCCAAAGAGGAAGGGAAGGAUGAGAAAGGGAAAGGAAAAAAAA